AUGACAGAUUCCACCAGUGUGUCCCCUUAUUCUCAAACACCGAGGAGUGAGAGUCCCAUUAUACCUACUACCAUGACUAAGAACCCCAACCGUAGUCUGAAAAUCACCACCUCUCUAUUUAAUGGUCAAAACUACCUAGCAUGGUCUCAAAGUUUGACUAUGUUUUUGAAGAGCAGAGGGAAGAAGGGGUAUGUUGAUGGCAGGAUACAGGCACCUAGUACCAUUGACUCGGGUUAUAACCAAUGGGAGAUUACCAACUCUUUGAUUAUGGGUUGGCUUAUCCAUUCAAUGGUUCCAGAACUUGGUGAGGGCUACUUGUCUAUGGAGACUGCCCAGGAUGUUUGGGAUGUUGUGGUUGCCACCUAUUCCCGCAAAGGGAAUUUCUCACAGGCAUUUGAGUUGCGCCGCUCUAUUGAGAGCUUACUUCAGGGGGAGCAGAUUGUUCUUCAGUACUUCACUUUCCUCACCAACGGCUGGAAACGCCUUGACCACCUUUAA